CCUGCGUGCGGCUCUGCGCCUCGGCGGGGCUGCGUGCGUGUGUCCCUGUCCACGCUGCUGAAACGGGCUCUUCGAGGGAUAGGCGUCACAUGACUCCGCCUGCCCCUAGCCAGCGUGCAGACCGCCCGUCCCUCAGUUUGCUGGGGGAGGGUCGGUCGACAUCUCCCGGGGCCCUGGGGCUCUGCGGAGAGGAGAAUAGGUUCCAGCAAGGAAUGGUCCUUCUAGGUUCAAGAAACCCUAGCUCGGAGCCAGGUCCUGGAGUGUAAAUCUUGAGGGGGUUGGGGUGGGGGAAAGAGAGGGAGCGAUCCAGCGAGCGCCAGAGAGAGGCAGCGCUGCGCGCACCGACGAGGGGCUGCCGGGUGCCGCGCGAAGAAGAUGUAAGCGCGUGGGGUCUCGCUGGCCUCCGAGCACCAUGCAGAAAGGGAUCCGGCUGAACGAUGGCCACGUCGCGUCCCUGGGACUGCUGGCGCGCAAGGACGGCACACGCAAAGGCUACCUGAGCAAGCGGAGUUCGGACAACACAAAAUGGCAAACCAAGUGGUUCGCGCUGCUGCAGAAUCUGCUCUUCUACUUCGAAAGCGACUCAAGCUCUCGGCCCUCGGGGCUCUACCUGCUGGAGGGCUGCGUCUGCGACCGCGCGCCCUCCCCCAAGCCCGCGGUCUCUGCUAAGGAGCCGGCGGAGAAACAGCAUUACUUCACAGUGAACUUCACCCAUGAGAAUCAGAAGGCGCUGGAGCUGAGGACUGAGGAUGCAAAGGACUGUGACGAGUGGGUGGCAGCAAUUGCUCACGCCAGCUACAGGACACUGGCCACGGAACAUGAGGCGCUCAUGCAGAAGUACCUGCACCUGCUGCAGAUAGUAGAGACAGAGAAGACGGUGGCCAAGCAGCUGCGACAGCAGAUCGAGGACGGCCAGAUCGAGAUCGAGCGACUGAAGGCAGAGAUUGCAUCCUUGCUCAAGAACAAAGACCGCAUCCAGUCCACCCAGAUUGUCACCCCCAAUGACGAGGACAGUGACAUCAAGAAAAUUAAGAAGGUACAGAGCUUCCUUCGGGGCUGGCUGUGCCGGCGGAAGUGGAAGACAGUUAUCCAGGACUACAUCCGGUCUCCCCACGCCGACAGCAUGCGCAAGAGGAACCAGGUGGUGUUCAGUAUGCUGGAAGCCGAGGCUGAGUACGUGCAGCAACUGCACAUCCUUGUCAAUAAUUUCCUGCGCCCACUACGCAUGGCGGCCAGCUCCAAGAAGCCUCCCAUCACACACGAUGACGUCAGCAGCAUCUUCCUGAACAGUGAGACCAUCAUGUUCCUACAUCAGAUCUUCUACCAAGGCCUGAAGGCCCGCAUCUCCAGCUGGCCCACCCUGGUGCUGGCCGACCUGUUCGACAUCCUGCUGCCCAUGCUCAACAUCUACCAGGAGUUCGUCCGCAACCACCAGUACAGCCUCCAGAUCCUAGCGCACUGCAAGCAGAACCGGGACUUUGACAAGCUUCUCAAGCAAUACGAGGCCAAGCCAGACUGCGAAGAGCGCACGCUGGAGACCUUCCUCACCUACCCUAUGUUCCAGAUCCCCAGAUACAUCUUGACACUCCACGAGCUGCUGGCCCACACACCUCAUGAGCACGUGGAGCGCAACAGCCUGGACUAUGCCAAAUCCAAACUAGAGGAACUUUCCAGGAUCAUGCACGAUGAAGUCAGCGAGACAGAGAACAUCCGGAAGAACCUGGCUAUCGAGCGCAUGAUCAUCGAGGGCUGUGAGAUCCUCCUUGAUACCAGCCAGACCUUCGUGCGGCAAGGUUCCCUCAUCCAGGUGCCCAUGUCAGAAAAGGGCAAGAUCACCAGGGGGCGCCUGGGAUCGCUGUCCCUGAAGAAAGAGGGUGAGCGGCAGUGCUUCCUGUUCUCCAAGCACCUCAUCAUCUGCACCAGAGGCUCUGGAGGGAAACUGCACCUGACCAAGAAUGGAGUCAUAUCGCUCAUUGACUGCACCUUAAUGGAGGAACCAGAAAACGCAGAGGAGGAAGCCAAAGGAACUGCCCCGGACAUAGACCACUUGGAUUUUAAGAUCGGGGUGGAGCCAAAGGAUUCCCCACCCUUCACAGUCAUCCUGGUGGCCUCAUCCAGGCAGGAGAAGGCAGCAUGGACCAGUGACAUCAGCCAGUGUGUGGAUAAUAUCCGGUGCAAUGGACUCAUGAUGAAUGCAUUUGAAGAAAACUCCAAGGUCACGGUGCCGCAGAUGAUCAAGUCCGAUGCCUCCUUAUAUUGUGAUGAUGUUGACAUCCGCUUCAGCAAAACCAUGAAUUCCUGCAAAGUGCUGCAGAUCCGGUAUGCCAGUGUGGAGCGGCUGCUAGAGCGGCUGACGGACCUUCGCUUCCUGAGUAUCGACUUCCUCAACACCUUCCUGCAUUCCUACCGUGUCUUCACCACUGCUGUGGUGGUCCUAGACAAGCUAAUCACCAUCUACAAGAAACCCAUCAGUGCCAUCCCUGCCAGGUCACUGGAACUCCUGUUUGCCAGUGGCCAGAACAACAAGCUUCUGUACGGAGAGCCCCCCAAGUCACCUCGUGCCACACGCAAGUUCUCCUCGCCACCACCCUUGUCUAUCAAUACAUCAUCCCCAAGCCGCCGACGGAAGCUGUCUCUCAACAUCCCCAUCAUCACAGGCGGCAAGGCACUGGACCUGGCAGCACUCAGCUGCAGCUCCAACGGCUUUACCAGCAUGCACUCACCCAUGUCUCCCUUCAGCAAGUCCACAAUGGACUUCAGCAAGUCCACCAUGGACUUCAGCAAGUCCACACUGGACACCAGCAAGUCCACGAUGGACUUCAGCAAGUCCGCACUGGAUAUUAGCAAGUCCACGCUAGACUUCAGCAAGUCCACGCUGGAUAUCAGCAAGUCCACGCUGGACACCAGCAAGUCCACCAUGGACUUCAGCAAGUCCACGCUGGAUAUCAGCAAGUCCACGCUGGACACCAGUAAGUCAAUGAUGGACUUUAGCAAGUCCACACGGGAUAUCAGCAAGUCCACGCUGGACUUCAGCAAGUCCACACUGGACAUCAGCAAGUCCACACGGGAUAUCAGCAAGUCCACGUUGGACACCAGCAAGCUCUGUAUGACCAGCAGUUUCACCAACAAGACUCCUGAUGAAGCUGAUACAACUCCAGAGAAGCCUGAGGAGUCCUCAGCCCUAAACAAGCAGAGCUCAGAAGUCCCCGUGAAAGAAGAGUCUGAUGUGGACCAGAACCAGAGUGACGAGGGCGACGCUGAGGCGUCACCUACGAAAUCUCCAUCAACACCAAAAUCAGUCAAAAGCAAAAACUCUUCAGAAUUCCCACUCUUUAACUUCAACAAUGGAGUCGUGAUGACCUCAUGUCGUGAACUGGACAAUAACCGCAGCGCCCUCUCAGCUUCCUCUGCCUUUGCCAUAGCCACGGCGGGAGCCAACGAGGGCACCCCAACCAAGGAGAAGUAUCAGUAUCGCAGGAUGUCCUUGGCCACCACAGGCCCUGCCAGUGCUGGCCUGUCAUCCUGGAGUCCCAUUCUCCCUCCCCAGUCCCCUUUGAUCCUUGGCCAAAUUCUACUCACAGCAAAGAACGCCAACCGAGAGAGCCCUCGGCACCCACUUCCACAGCAACGGUUCCACACCAAAGCACUGCCAGGGUUUCCCCCUGACCAGAGAAAUGGCGACAAGGAGUUUGUGAUCCGCAGAGCUGCCACCAACCGUGUGCUGAAUGUGCUCCGCCACUGGGUCUCCAAGCACUCUCAGGACUUUGAAAGCAACAGUAAGCUCAAAAGCAAGGUGAUCAGCUUCCUGGAAGAGGUCAUGCAUGAUCCAGAGCUGCUGACACAGGAGCGAAAGGCAGCAGCCAACAUUAUCAGGACUCUGACCCAGGAGGACCCAGGCGACAACCAGAUCACACUAGAAGAGAUCACACAGAUGGCAGAGGGUGUGAAAGCUGAGCCCUUCGAAAACCACUCAGCCCUGGAGAUAGCAGAGCAGCUGACCCUGCUGGAUCACCUUGUCUUCAAGAAGAUUCCUUAUGAGGAGUUCUUCGGACAGGGCUGGAUGAAGGUAGAGAAAAACGAAAGAACGCCUUAUAUCAUAAAAACCACCAAGCAUUUCAAUGACAUCAGUAACUUGAUUGCUUCAGAAAUUAUCCGAAACGAGGAUAUCAAUGCAAGGGUGAGCACCAUUGAGAAGUGGGUAGCUGUGGCUGACAUAUGCCGCUGCCUGCACAACUACAAUGCCGUGCUGGAGAUCACCUCCUCCAUGAACCGCAGUGCAAUCUUCCGACUCAAAAAGACAUGGCUCAAAGUUUCUAAGCAGACGAAAGCUUUGAUUGACAAACUCCAAAAGCUUGUGUCAUCAGAGGGCAGAUUUAAGAACCUCAGAGAAGCCCUGAAAAAUUGUGACCCACCCUGUGUUCCUUACCUGGGGAUGUACCUCACUGACUUGGCCUUCAUCGAGGAGGGGACACCCAAUUACACAGAGGACGGCCUGGUCAACUUCUCCAAGAUGAGGAUGAUCUCCCAUAUUAUCCGAGAAAUUCGCCAAUUUCAACAGACUGCCUACAAAAUCGAACACCAGGCAAAGGUAACUCAGUACUUACUGGAUCAAUCUUUUGUAAUGGACGAAGAAAGUCUCUAUGAGUCUUCUCUCCGAAUAGAACCAAAACUCCCCACCUGAAGCUGCCCCCAACCUGCCCCAGCUACCUUGUGGACACCUGCUAUAUGAUAUUGUACAUAAUCGUUUGGUUCCUCUGGAUUUCUUCUUCACUAUGUGCUUCUCCGAGAAUACAAAUCUUUUCUUGUUCUUAGAUUCCUGUAGAACGGAAUAUGAAUUUCUGCCCUGUCUCAGACUUUGCCCCGCCCCCUGCGGAGCCUGUUCCUUCAAACAGCUGUACACCCUGUCAGCUCUCCCAGGCCCUCACUCCAAUCAGAAGAAGAGACAGAAUCCACGUGACACAAGUCUCAAACUCCAGCCCUGCUUUGUCCCUCCCAGCGCAGGCCCCCAGGUUAGCUCAGGCCACCCAGGCAUCCUCUCCAGCAUGUUCCAUGUAGUUGUUAUAACUGGGUGGGGGGAGGGGGAGGUGGGAGGGGGAAGCCAUACCUGCAAGUCCAGUCCUUGACACCCCUUCCUGCUGAUGGUGAUGCCCCUUUCCAAAGCAGCUUCUUCAGCCAAAACCGCAGGUCUCAACAGUCCCCAUCUGUCAAAUCUCAGUAAAGCUGGCUGGAAGGGAGUCCUGUCAACUGAGAACCACGCCCCUUGCACCAAAUGCCACCACUUCUGGCACCAUGCUGCCCUCUGCUCUAGGAUUAACACCAGAUAGCAUGAAAAGCAGGCUCAGCAGAAGUGGACACAACCCUGGAACUUCUCUAGGAAAAUGGAAUCACUCCACCAAGUCAUGGUGACUCUGGCCGACCUCUGCCCAGCCUCUGCUGGAAGUCAGGAACACAACAAACAUCACUUCUCCUCUUUCAGCUGCCUGACAGUCACUACAAGCUUAUGUUGAGAUGCCCUGAGUCUGUAUACUUUGUGGUAAUUAGUCCCAUGACGUAGAAUUAGGAAAUCAAUAACCGAGUGUUUUUAUUGCAUAUACUGUAGUCCUGUCUAAAUGCCUUCUAGCAGGAAUAUAGUGAGGUAGUGCUUAUUCUGUGAAUAUUACCAUGAUUUUUUUUACAUUGUACAGUAGAGAGAACACUCAGAAUUGGCAGGCAUGCUCCAUUACAGCAGACAGACAACUUUUGCUGUAAGCAAUACCUAGUGGUAUGAGAAUUCUAUUUCAAGCCCUAAAAUAUUUCAACUUACAGCUUGUUUGGGAAAAAUUUCCAUUUUUGUAAAAAUAUAUGUUUCCUGAUUACCUCUUGCUAAUAAAUCUAUUCUAUC